CUGAUAGUUGAGAUGAACGCCGGUGGAUGUCAGCUCGAAGACAGGGUUCAGCUUGUAGCCCUGUAACAGCAUCGUCCAUGUUGUUUGACAACUAAGAGAAGGCUUACAUGCAAGUCAUCAAAAUUGAACACUGCAGAUAGUACUUGGAUUUUGUCAAGGAACCUUCAGAGUUUCUCAAUCUCUCACUUCCAAAAGACAAUUCAAACGAAAUGGCGGCAGACUCAGAGGGCCAAAGCGCCAAGACGGCGCAUGUCAACAUGAUGACAGACACCAUUAUCACGAACAUCCCCGCUGAGAAUCUACGGGUCAUCAUGCGCUCGCUGUUGGCCGCGCACCCGGACAUCACCACAACUUUCGAGGCCGAGACCCGAACUUACAUCAGCGAUGUAGCAUUGCCGUCAGCUCAAGGGGAGUUGUCUUCGGAAGCAACUUUGAGAAAGACUCAGGCAAUAAUUCGUUGCAUGCUGGGAUGCGGGCUCAGUCUUGAGAGCCUUCCGCUCAUGACCAGGGUGGUCAGGGGCGGCAUCAAGCUUCUCGUCGAUCUAGAAACUACCAAGAAGGGAAUAACUGCUGUCUUGGCAUCCGUUGAUGGCGAUAUAGUCCAAAUCAUGACCGCCGUCGAGAAAAGGCUGCUCGCUGCUGCGCGCGAAAGUCUCAUAGACGAUGAGCGCGACGCCGUGACCAAUUUGCACGAGUCUCUUCUCGAGUGCAGAGCCAUCAUAGAAGAGAAGGGAAUGGAAUAUCCCUACACGAGAGCACUGUUUGCGACUUCCAUGCUUCUUGGAGUGCCACUUCCAGUCUUCGAUCUGCCUUCAAUCGCUUCAUCGGGUCUAAGUGCAUCUCUUACCGGCCCUGUGGAUGCGAGGGAGACGUUUGAGAUGAACGGCUUCAGAUUGCCUAGAUUAUUCACCGGGCUUUGGCAAAUGUCUAGUCCGUCCUGGGGCUCGGCGCCUACAUCCAAAAUCAUUGCCCAGUUCUCCAAGCACAUGGAAGCAGGUCUUACAGCCUUCGAUAUGGCGGACCACUACGGCGACGCGGAAAUCAUCUUUGGUCGUUUUCGUUCGACGCAUCCCUUCAACGACUCGACGUUCGCAGCGACCAAGUACUGUGUCUUCAACCCAAUGACCGUUACACGUGCCGCCAUGCAAGCCAACGUAGCUGAAAGAUGCCGGAGAUUGCAGACAGAUAAGAUCGACCUACUUCAAUUUCACUGGCAAUUCUAUGAGGACCCUCAAUAUGUGGAGGCGUUGCGAUUUCUUGAAGAAGACUCGCGCGUCAAGGCUUUGGGGCUAUGCAACUUCGAUACUGAGCAUAUGCAAGUCGCCAUCAAUAAAGGGGUCAAAAUACACUCAAAUCAAGUGCAGUUUUCGUUGAUCGAUAGCAGGCCCGAGGUCCGCAUGGGCAUGGUCUGCCAGGAACAUGAUAUCAAACUCUUGACAUACGGAACACUGUGUGGUGGGUUCCUCGCUGAGAAGUGGCUAGGUAGGGGCCAGCCGGAUCUCUACGAUGAGGCGAUUACGCCUAGCCAGCGCAAGUACUACGCUAUGAUCCGAAGCUGGGGAGGCUGGGAUCUGUUCCAGGAUCUCUUGAUGGUGCUUAAGUCAAUCUCGUCAAGACAUAGCGUCAGUGUUUCCAACGUGGCCACUCGUUGGGUAUUGGACUUCCCCUACGUUGGGGCAGUCAUUGUUGGGACCAGGAUGGGCAUCAGCGAGCGUGUGGAAGAGAACUUGGCGAGUCUGGGAUGGUCUCUAAGCCAGGAGGAUCGAAACCUAAUUGAAGAGGUAUUGAAGAGGAGCCGGAGGUCGGAGAUGUUUGACGCGAUGGGAGACUGCGGAGGGGAGUAUCGCUAGUAGGUACUUAGUUGUUGAUACGGGUCCUACCUUACUUAGGAGCCUUUCGAUGAUGAGAAG